GCUAACUAGCACUGAGCAAUGUGCGGCGAUAGUUACGUCACUGCUAUGGAAAGCAAUAGUCAUCACAAUUUACGUCGUUAGCUCAAGAAUAAAGAGAUGCCGAUCCGGAUCAAUUGGCCUCUAUUGACGGCGACAGUCUGCCCUAACAUCGGCGGCUGGGUCGGCGGCUACAUCACCAAGAAGAAUAUGAGCUGGUACGAGACGCUGAAAAAGUCGCAAAUUAUUCCGCCGAGCUGGGUGUUUGGACCUGUAUGGACCACCCUUUACUGUACAAUGGGCUAUUCGUCGUACCUGGUGUGGCGAGACGGGGGUGGCAUGCAAGAGGCGGUCGUACCGCUCAGCGUGUACGGACUUAAUCUUGCCCUCAACUGGUCGUGGACGCCGCUCUUCUUCGGGGCUCGCAACGUUAAAUGGGCUCUCUACGAAUGUGUAGCAUUAUUGGGCAGCACAGCGGCACUUGGCAUUGCAUUCUACAACGUCAAUCCUGUCGCUGGCUACCUCAUUAUUCCCUACUUUGUGUGGACUUCUCUCGCCACAACGUUCAACUAUGUCCUCUAUCGGGACAACAAACAGCUCCCUGCUGCUGAGAAAACUGAGGAAAAGAAAAAAUAAGAAUAAAAAAAGAGACAGAAAGCCAUACAUUUUUGUUUUAGAAAAUUAGCUUUUUGUGUCGGAAAAACAUAUCUCACGAGAUUGAUGUUGCUGAUGGGCUCAACGAAUUACUUUGAUAUACUAUAUACAAAUUGAAUAUUCGCCUAUGUAUAUAUGCGAAUAUUCAAUUUUUCCCUUUUUUCAUAUUCAAAUGUUCGAUUUUAUUCUCUUCUCUUUUUAACUUUCUUAAAA